UCUCGCCCCACCACCGCCUUAACCUUAACAGUAACUUUGACUUCUUCUACCUGAGGUCCCCUACUACCUACCAAGCGGUCGGUUUAUUCAGUUGGAAGCGCGAACCGAUUUUAAAACGACGACGAUCAUGAAAAUUACUCUGUUUUUGUGCGGAGCUGUUCUCCUUGCAAUUAUAGCUGUGUCGGCUGCAAAGCCUGACGGUGUGAAGAAACACCACGAGUCUGGAGAAGAAGCUGGAGGUAAAAAGGGGUCAGGAAGUCAUUACUCAGACACGUCAGGUCAUACAACCUCUGGUAAAAAAUCGAAACAUGAUCAUGAGGAGGGCAAGCAUGGCUCCAAAGGUUCGGAGUUGCACCGUGUAGAGGACGCCGAGGAGGGCGGUAAGAAGCACAAACAUUUCCAUGCUGAUAAGCAUGAAUCGUUUCAUAAAAGUGGAGGGGCGAGUGCCCAUGGGGCUCAGUUCGAAGAAGCAUCCAAGAGGCACAAGGGAAACUAUAAGAAGGGUUUCAUGGAAAAGUUCCACAAAGACGAACUGAUGAACCACGACAGCUUCUUCUCCAAUGGUGAGAAAACUGGCAGCUACAACAUUUUCGGCUCGGGAGGAGCCAAGUAUGGAUCUCAAUCUUUCGCCAAGAAAUCUGGAGGAAGUUUCAAGAACCUAAAGUCUGCUGAUAAGCACGGGAAAAAGGGAAAAAAAUCCGGAGGCCACAACAAAUCAGAGAAAAAAGGUCAUAAGAGUUCGAAAGCCAGCAAAAGCAACUACACCAAGGGGCAAAAGUACGCGAAAAAGGGAGGCAAAAAAGGGGGAAAGCAGUACAAACAACAAAAUUAAUAAAAACAUUUAUUAAGCAUACAGUUUUGUAAGACUCAGUAUUAAAUAAAUUAUUUUAUACAA